CAGAAUCUCAGUUUCUCACCAAAAUUCCUAAUUUCCUAACCCUAUCAGAGUAAACACCGCUGCCACCGUCAGUCCGCAGCCGCCUGCUCGUCGUGAAGCCCCACCAGCCACCGUCUGCCCCCAGCCGCCGCCAAUCUUCUCUUCCUCACCGUCUCUGUGCUCAACGCGAAGCCCCACCUGCCACCGUCACCCCCAGCCGCCGCCACUCUUCUCCUCCUCACCGUCUCUGUGCUCGUCGUGAAGCCCGCCUCCGUCAUCGUCGUCAUCGGCAGUGACAGAGGGUACCGUCGUCGUCGUCCUCGAUCCUUUUCAUGCGCAUCCUCUCCUCCGUUAAUCUCUGCCCGGAUCCUCGCCGUGGAAUCUCUGCUCGGGGCCUCGCCAUCGCAAGCUGAUCCGCUUCCGAGCUCACUCUGUCACCGCCGUUCCUCCCUCGCCGUAUCUCCGUGAAUCUGUUAGUCCAGGCUCCAGCGUCGUCUUCUCCGGUCACUUAGUCAGGUGAACGGACUGGCGAAGAAGCAGGUGUCACAAUGAAAGGUGACAUCGACUGACAAAGAGGAAGGAAGUUGUUUUCACUAGUCACGACUGGCAGUGGCGACGCCGAUCAGAACGCGGGCAGAUUUGACGAUGAGAAAUUGAGAAUUUAGAGCUCCUUCCACUUCGAUUCGGUUACCUAAUUUAACUAAUUUCUCCGUAUACAACUCCGUUUCCAUUUUACGGCGUUUACCGCCAUGGAAGCCACCGACGACACAGAAUCCCCCGCACCGAUUGCCUCCCCAAAGUUAGCGGGAACUGUUAACUGGGGUACAACAACUGUUAUUGGAAUAUUUGCUGGCAUGUUAUACGGCGGCAGCAAGGAGGCAGCUGCUUCUGUUAGCAAGGACGCAGAAGUGACAUUGAAGCUUGGAAGUACAGAAGACAAACGUGAGCAAUAUCGUUUGAUGAGAGAUGCUAUGGAGAAACGGUUCAUUAGGGUUACACGGGGCUCAAUAGUUGGAGGAGUACGCCUUGGAAUGUUCACUGCUGCAUUUUAUGGCUUACAAAAUCUACUUGCAGAGCAGCGAGGUGUGCAUGAUGUUUUUAAUGUUGUUGGUGCUGGUUCAGCUACUGCUUCAGCUUUUGGUUUAAUAUUGCCAGGAUCACUACGUUGGCGAGCUAGGAACAUGAUGCUAGGAUCAGUUUUGGGAGCAGCAUUUUGCUUUCCUCUUGGUUGGCUCCAUUUGAAGCUGAUAGAAAAAGCUAAUGAAGGGAAUCAAGCUGCAAAUGAAAACUUAGAUAAGAGAGACAUAAAAAGUGGUGUUAGUGCUGCAAUCGAAAGGCUUGAAAGCAAUUUACACAAAUGAAAGCUAUUUGGCUACACAGAGGCAUGCCUUCUUGUUUCUAUUUUUCAGGGUUGUCAAGUAAUCAUGCAAUGGAGGAUGUGACACCACUGGGAAUGGCAUUGCUGUCCACUUAAUAGGAGAAAAAGUUGUAUUAAUUAAAUAAUUUCGUUGACCAAGUUGAGUCACACAGUUCUUCCAUAUGAAAUUAUGAUGCUAUUAUUAAUUUGUUAUUAUGUUUUUAGUCUUGUUAUUAUGACUUAUGAGGCUAUUGUACAAAGAGAAACCUAUACGUCGCAAGUAUGUCAUAUCCAAUUCAUGUUUAUCGUAAAAAAGGUCUUUUUUUUUUGGUGUA